UUGUUUUACCAGUUGGGAAGUUGUCCUGCAAAAAAUUGGGUUAGGCCCUAAAUGGAUAAAACACGGACAGAACACUCCAGCCUCUGCAGGAAGAAGCGCAAGAAGGAAAAGGACAGAGCUAAGAAACAUAAAAAUUCCCAACAAGAGAAGAAAUGUGAGGAUAACAAAGGGACAGAAGAAAUGACAGGAGAGGAAUCACAUGGUAGCCAGAAAAAAAGGAAGAAGCAUGGGAAAAAGAAGAAGAAACAGGUGGAAGAGAUGACAAGUAUUGAUUUAAAUUCAGUAUCAGAUGACAACAAAAAGGAAAAAGAUACAAUAAAACAAACAGAUCUAGAUAAGAAGGCAAAUGUAGAUUCUGGUUUGGAAAUUCACACAAAGAGGUCAUGGAAAAAGAAAAAGAAGAGAAAAAUGGAGAAAGAUGGAUCGAAGAGUUUAGUAUCUGAAUCAAAUGCAUAUGAAGAAAAAGAGUGUGUUUCAUUAAAGAAGAAAAGAAAGAAAUUGAGUGAAACACAGACAGAUGACAAGAAAAAAGAGGAAGCAAAUAAUACCGACUCAGAGGAUGUUUUAACCAAAAAAUCAAAGAAGAAAAAGAAAUCAAAAAUGGACCACAGUAAAACUGAUCUAUCAGAGACAAAUGGGGAGACAGAUAUUGACCUGAGUUGUAAGAGAAGUAAAAAAAGAAGCAAGGAAAAACUUGAACAGUCUGUGCAGGAGAAGGAAAUUGUCGACCUCAGUGUAAUUCAUGAGAAAAGAAAAAAGAAAAAGAAACACAACAAGGAUGUUGAGCACAAAGAGGAUGAUAAUGUUAAAGAGGCAACUGGCUAUAUUGAGGCAGAAAGGCUUGCUAGAGAUAAAUCAGAGAGCCCCAAAAUCAAGAAAAGAAAGAAAAAUAAGAGGGAAAAAUUGGAUACUGAUGAAGAACCAGUUACUAAAAAAUCUAAAGACAAUGAUGUUAAAGUUAUGAAUGGAGAAAGGGCAGGUCUCCAAAACUCUGAAACAGCUUACUCUGGUCAGUGGACUACAGCCUCACUGGGGGAUGAGCAGAGACAGAAUAAGUUCUUAAGACUGCUGGGAGGAUUUAAAGCAGCCAAAAGUGAGAAAUCUCCUUUGUCUGCCUUAGAGGGGAAAUAUGGUAAUGUGGCCAUGACCCAGAAGCAGGAAGGUGUUUAUAUGAAGAGCAUGGAAGACCAUUAUGGAAAAGCCAUGACCUUCAACAAGAACCGAGGGUUGGGUCUGGGGUUUGAGAAACCACCAUCAGAAGGAAAGAAGUUCUACAUUGACAAAAAUGUGUCAAAAUUGAAGAAGUUUGAUGAUUAAUAUCAACUGAAAGAUAUAAAAAUGUAAAUCAGUCUGAACUUCAAUGAUUUAUAAAUUCAUGAACUACCCUUGUUAGUAUACUAGAUUUCAAUUCAAGAAGAAAUGAAAUAAUUUUUCUUUGAAUAUAUAUUAAUUGCUGAUGGCACAUGAUC